UACACCCACCCGUUCAUUGCUGGGUAGAAACAGACAGACUGAUACAGCAGAAUGGCAGACUCCCAUGAACUUCACACACACGCCCACGACGCUGUCCCCGAGGGUAGCAGGAUAGUUGCCGUCGCUGUAGAUGGAAGCGACCAUUCUAACCACGCCCUUGAAUUCUAUAUUGACAACAUCUGGACACCCCGGGACUUCGUCGUCUUGGUAACUGUUCCAGAGCUGGACCAUGCUGUUAAAAGCACCUGGAAUGAAGCGCUGUUCAAGUUCAACAGGGAUAAUCUCGCCACGAUGAUGGACGAGCAGACGCAGAGGGUGAACAAACGCCUGCACGCUGCCCGAGAGAAACUCCUCAGCAGCAAGGUGAAGGGGAAGGUCCGAGCCAUAUUCUCCGGCAACGUUGGCCACGCCAUCUGUCAUGCUGCGGAAGAGGAGAAAGCUGUCUUCAUCAUCAUGGGCAACCGCGGCCACAGCAUCUUCCGCAGGACGGUGACCGGAAGUACCAGCAACUACGUCAUCAACCACUCCAAGAUCCCCGUCAUGGUCUGCAGGAAGAUGCACUGAGGCUGCGGUCACCGGCGUAGUCAUCAUCCCCAGAUUUCCUCAUAUUGUACUCAUACAUAUAAGUAACACAUACCCGUAAAACACUAAUCAUGUACAGUCAGGUCGCUUAUGUCACAAAGAACCAUUAAUACAGUUAAUUCCACUCCAGG